AUGGCGUCUUUCUCCAACCUUAACUCUGAUGCUGGAUUGAAGAAGCUCGACGAGCAUCUUCUCACUCGCAGUUACAUCACCGGAUACCAGGCUUCAAAGGAUGAUAUCACCGUCUUUGGUGCUCUUGCAAAGGCUCCAACUUCGCAGUAUGUGAAUGCAUCUCGUUGGUACAGCCACAUCGAUGCUCUCUUGAGGAUCUCUGGUGUCUCUGCCGAAGGAAGUGGUGUCAUUGUUGAGGGAUCAGUCCCAAUCACAGAAGAGGCUGUUGCUACUCCACCUGCAGCUGACUCUAAGGAUGCUGCUGAUGAAGAAGAUGAUGAUGAUGUUGACCUUUUCGGCGAGGAGACGGAAGAGGAGAAGAAAGCUGCUGAAGAAAGAGCAGCUUCUGCCAAGGCAUCUACAAAGAAGAAGGAAUCUGGUAAGUCAUCAGUAUUGAUCGACAUCAAGCCAUGGGAUGAUGAGACCGACAUGAAGAAACUAGAGGAAGCUGUAAGGUCCAUUCAGCAGGAAGGUUUGUUUUGGGGAGCAUCAAAGCUUGUCCCUGUUGGUUACGGUAUCAAGAAGUUGCAGAUCAUGUGCACCAUUGUUGAUGACCUUGUGUCUAUCGACACCAUGAUUGAAGAGCAACUCACUGUUGAACCGAUCAAUGAAUACGUCCAGAGCUGUGACAUUGUUGCCUUCAACAAGAUAUGUAAGUUUCAGGAAUCCUUUCCAUAA